UCCUCCGUUCUAAGGACACAGUCAGCCGACCAACAUUAAGGGCAGCUGCCUGGGUUUGGUUAGCAGAGCGGCUCCUAGGAGGACUGGUAAUUACAGUUGGCAUUUCAUUUUUGCCCAGGCAUGCCAGCUAAUUGUGCUGGCGGUGGAGGAGCCUCACCGCCUGGCGCUAGAAAGUCCUACUCCAAAGCCAGGCUUCCUAAUAACCGCAAGAAGCACAACCCCUUGUCGAAAGACUGUCACCCGUGAUGCAAUGGCUGGAGUUUACCAAGUGUCUCCUUCCUGUUUUCAUGUCCUCAAACUUCAGUUCUGCAAGGAGCCGGGCAGUUCCCUUGAGAGUGCGUGGCCCCCUCAUGUUCAGACCCUUAUGCGGGCACACGUGGAGCAGUAGCAGGUCCCGCGAUGGCCCACGCUGCCAGGUGGGGGUCGGCUCCAGGAGGAAGGAAUCGCUUUCCCCUGUCCUAAGUGAAUGGUCUGGGUGACUCGAGUGGAAACUGGUCACAUCUCUACACUCCCAGUUGUCAGGAAACUUGGACACGAGUGGAAUUUUUCCUUCCUUUGGGUUAAUGUGUCGCAGUCCGAUGCUUUUGAGGCAGAUGGAAAAAAUCCUAUACAGAGCGCGCAGGGAGCACUCCGGGGGGCCACGAGGAACCCACUGGGGCGCUGACUGUGUACUUCCUGCAGAGCCGUUCCGGUUUGAGUUUCUCAGUUGUAAAACCCCAGAGUUCACCAGCAAUGGUAGGAGGGUGGCUGUGUGAGGGAGUGGGAAGGGCGUGCCUCGCUGCAGCGUCCAAACGACCCUUCUCUGCCACCCGUGGAGUGCCCAGAGCUCAGCAGUAAGUGCAUUGCCCUUUGCGCUCUGGUAUGGCGUAUUGUUUGGUCUUCACGGCCUUGCUGGAACCAAGAGCCACCCGUGUGACCACAGUAGCUCUGUGCAUGGUGUCACCGCACAAGCUGGGCAAACCAGGAUGUAGCCAGGCUGAGCCUUUCCUACACGCCUCUACCCAACCUGCAACGCUCACACCCUGUCCCCACCUCUCCACGCUGCCAACGACAGAUGCCGGGCAUCCCCUAGUGUCACUCGCUAGGAGCGGCGCUCUCCCACGCUCGGACCCACCCACCUGGGCCCCACGGGGAAGACAGCACUUUACUGAAGUCAAGACCCCCUGGAUCUUGUAGGAGGGGUCGGUCCCCACCUAGCUCUUCGGGUCACGUGGCCCGCGUCGGGCCCCACGGAUGGGUCACGUGACAGCGGCGCAGCGUUGCCUAGGCAGCAGCUGCGGGCGGAAAGAGGGAGGGGGCCGGUCCUCCGCCCUGGCCCGGCCGCCGGGCCACCCGGCCGCGACACAGACGCUAGCCACGAGCCGAAGUCGAGAGCUGGAACCAGGCGCGCUGAGGGCUGGCCAGCCGGGCCUGGUCUCCGCCAUGAGUGCAGAGCUCAACGUGCCCAUGGACCCCUCUGCCCCUGCCUGCCCUGAGCCCGGCCACAAGGGCAUGGAUUACCGAGACUGGGUCCGACGCAGCUACCUGGAACUGGUCACGUCCAACCACCAUUCGGUGCAGGCACUGUCGUGGAGGAAGCUAUACCUGAGCAGGGCCAAGCUGAAGGCUUCCAGCCGGACCUCGGCCCUCCUGUCUGGCUUCGCCAUGGUGGCCAUGGUGGAGGUGCAGCUGGAGACAAAGUACCAGUACCCUCAGCCCCUGCUCAUCGCCUUCAGCGCCUGCACCACGGUGCUGGUGGCCGUGCACCUGUUCGCCCUGCUCAUCAGCACGUGCAUCCUGCCCAAUGUGGAAGCCGUGAGCAACAUCCACAACCUCAACUCCAUCAGCGAGUCGCCGCACGAGCGCAUGCACCCGUACAUCGAGCUAGCCUGGGGCUUCUCUACCGUUCUGGGCAUCCUGCUUUUCCUGGCUGAGGUGGUACUGCUCUGUUGGAUCAAGUUCCUCCCAGUGGAUGCCAAAGAUCAGCCAGGCUCCCAUAGCCACACGGGCUGGCAAGCCGCUCUGGUGUCCACCAUCAUCAUGGUACCCGUGGGUCUCAUCUUCGUGGUCUUCACGAUCCACUUCUACCGUUCCCUGGUGCGGCAUAAGACAGAGCGCCACAACCGUGAGAUCGAGGAGCUGCACAAGCUCAAAGUGCAGCUGGACGGGCACGAGAGGAGCCUGCAGGUGGUGUGAGGGAGGCCUCUGCCAUUUGAUGCCCCGCCUGCACGGGCGAGCAACCCUCAGGCUGCCACGCAGCCGGUAGGAGCAGCCAAGGGGCUGCUUCACAAACCCGGGCUGCAUGAGAUCCACCCCGCAUCCCAAGCGCCACAGUGGGGAUUGCUAAGCAGACUGCCCAGAUGCUGCUCCAAUAAUUCCAUACUCCUGUCCUCGCAUGAAUAAGGGCCUGAAAGGGGUGACAAUAGCAUCCGUUUGUUUCAUCACGGAGGCCAGAGGAAGAAACAUGACCCGCGUGGCCCUGGGGACUUCCUGGUGCAAGCAUAUCAGCAGGGAGCACUGUCGAUCUCAGACAUCAGCAGGACCUCGUGAUUGGCAGAGUAGGACGGUGAAUUCCCAAAGGAAGCUGGGGCUCAGCUGGGAGAGUGCUUGCCUAGUGUGCAGACGCACCGCAUAAACCAGGUCAUCCCAGGGUCAUCGCAGUGCGAGGGAGGUGGAGGAAAGUAGGCCAGGGCUUCAAAGAUGUUCUCUGCUACAUGGUGAGUUUGAGGCUACACGAAACAGACACAUAUGCACAUGCAUGCACAAGAGCAUGCGAGUGUGCGCCCCCACAUACACACAUGUACACACGCACACACAUGUGCACACACAUGCAUACAUACAUGCGCGUGCACACAUGCACACACAUACACACAGGAACAUGUACACAUGUGCACAUGCAUACACACAUGCACACAUACACACAGGCACAUGCACAGAUGUGCACAUGCACACACACAUGCACACGGAUACACACAGGCACAUGCGUGCACACACAAAUGCACACACAUACACACAGGCACAUGUACACAUGUGCACAUGCACACACAUGCACACAGGCACAUGCACACGUGUACAUGCACACGUGUACAUGCACACACACAUGCACGAAUGUGCACAUGCACACAGACACACACAAAGGACAGGCUGCUUGAGAGAGCAGAGGUGGGCCCGGGGCUGGCGCAGGGUGGCAUGGGUAACAUGGUUUAUGAUGAGAGGCAGGGAUGUGUUAACUGAUCUGUAGCUCUGCUUGGUUCUUUCUCCCGGUUCUGGAAAGGGUCACAGAGUGUUCAGGAUUCUGGGGCACACAGCAGCUCCACAAGGGUAACAGACACUGAGACGGGAGUUACCUGCUUCUAGACAGUCACGGGCCUGAGCCAGCCAGCCCCUCCCACUCCCUGUGGACUGUGUCAACACAGGCAGGGGCGCCAUCUCAGAGACCAGGCAGCUCAGCUUCCUUCUGCCUGUGGCCCCCAGAUAUUGAGAGGAUAAACUGGGGAGACUUCCUGUUUUUACAAAGUGGUUAGCCUUGUGGUUAGGCCUGUGGGUGGGGCAGGACCUAUCUGCCCCAGCCUAAUAUAGGCAGCUAUUCCCUGUAAUGAGGUUGACUAUGGGUAGAGAAGGGGAGACUUCAACACCCCACUGCUGGGCCUACCAGGACUCUCCAUGCAGGUCCCUGCCCCAUGUUUACACAGCUGUGCAUCAGUUUGUCAUUGUCACUACUGGCAUCCAGCCACCCAGCUGGUGGUGGCAUGCACACUCUGCAGUAGGGCACCAGUUUGUGUGGGAGGCAGUACUUACCCAUUUCUGUAACAUUACCUACAGGGCUGAGGUCUCUUAUUCUGUAUAUAAAUAGUCACUGGGCUGCCGCGAGUGCCACUUCCAUUUCUUACAACAGCUUUUCUCUGGAGUCUGGAUUUGGUGCCCGUGGGAUCCUAGAGGGCCCCACCCCCAUCUCUGGAUUCUCCGAAGUCUUUGGAAAUGGGACAUACUGCCAAGCAUAAACUUCAACACACAGAGGGCCCUGGGGAGCCUUGUGGAGAUCUUCCUUGUAAACUGUGACAUCAGCACACAACCAGGACAUAGUGUCCUGUGAACCCAGUAGGAACGCCCUCUGUCUUUCAAAGGCUGUAUCCUUCAACACCCUCUGCCCCUGCAGACGUCUUGUGUUUCAGACUCCUCUUUUUCCUGGGGGCUUUUGGGAAGGCCAGCCUAGUUUGAUUUGUUUUGUUUUGCUAAAGAAUGCUAGCAUCCUGGGUGGACAGUGGGUAAAGGCACUUGCCACCAAGCCUGGCGACCUGAAUUCAGUCCCGAGUAAAUAUAAUGAGAAAAAUAACUUCCUAUCAGAAUCCCCGUAAGAUGGCGUGCAAGCAGGGGCCGAGAGGGUGACCUCUGGAAUGAGCCCUCCCCGCUCUUCGGUGUGUUCUGAAACAGCGUGCUGGGGCUAAGGAUGCAGCCCAGUUGAUAGUGCGGUUUGCCCAGCAUGCGUAACAAGCACCUCCUAAACCUAACAUGGCCAGGUGCAGCUGUAUCUACGCCUCAAGGAGGUGGAGGCAGGAGGAUCAGGAGUUCAAGGCCAGCUUGAGCUGGACAGACUCUGUAUAAGGAAAAAAGGGGGGUGCUGCAGAUCCCCUACCCUCCCCCCCACCGUAGUUAGGUAUGUAUGCUUACUGCUCACGCAGAGGACCAGAGUUCAUCUCCCAGCACCUCCGACGGGCAGCUCACAACUGCCUAUAACUGAAGUUCGAGAGGAUCCUGAACCCACGUUUGGCCUCUGCAGGCACCCACACACGUGUCCAUAGUUACACACACAAACCAAAAAGGGGCCUCCUACCGGACAUUGCGUCCGUCCCUUCUCCCUGUUUUCUGAGGCCGUUUGGUGCCUCGGGCCACUUAGUGCACUGUGCGGUUCCUGCCCGUUCUUCCUUUAGUCAUUCCAGUGCCGAGCGCGGGACAGCCGUCUGUGUGUGAACAGAGGAGUCACAGGGCUGUCCCACAGCUUUGUCAGGAGUGGCAGUAGAAGUCCUCACUGUGAACAGUGGCAGAAGCCAGCAGGCUCAAGGCAGGAAGUUGGGUUUCUGGAGGCAUAACCUGAUUUUGAAUCUUGUUCUAACUGCAGCCACUGGGGGGCCCCCUGGGACAGGCACAGGCUUGCCCUAAUUUCAUCUCUCUAAGAUUCAGCCCUUCCUGGUGCUCAAGGGACCAGUGUCCUCAGACACACCAAGGUCCUUCCCACAUGGCGUCCCCGUACCCUUGACCACGAAGUCUCCAAAUUCAAGCGUUUCUACCUAAGACAUUUCAAAGGCAGAACAUGAUUGAUGUCUUUCAGGAAAGGCUACUGAAAAGAAACUACAGGAGCCUGGAGGACUCAACACUAUGCCACUAUUUCUGCAGGACAGUGUAAAUAACUCCUUUCCUGUGUGUGUGGAUUUUUUUUUUUUUUUUUUAGCAGUUGCCCUGGAUUGAGCUGAAUAAACCGAUACAACCGAUACAACUCUGUGCUCUUGAGAAGUGUGUACCAUGAGGUUUAGGGGCUCCAUCCCAGCGCCUGCCAUACCGCUGACCCCCCAGUCCUGGCAUGAGAGCUCCUUAUCUGGAGUCUCUUAUUUCUAGUGUCUGCCCCACGGGGGCAGAAUGAACAUGGACCUUUCCAGGAUGGCCAAGCAGGCUGCUGGGACCCAAGUGUACUUUGAGUGAGGUCCCUGUCAACCGGACCCCUGAGAGGACCCCGCCCUUGGCAGCGGGUGCCUCCUCCUGUCUUCCUUUCUGAAGGGGAGGUGGAAAGGAAACAGGGUGGGUGGCUGGGCUCACCAGGGUCAGGCGGAUUUCACCGGUUUCUGGAAGAGGGGCCUCUGAGGUAUUGGUCCCUUGGGUCCCUGUGGCUCUUCAGCUGCUGUCCAGGCCAUCCACUGGGGUCACCAACAAACAAGACACCUCAGACAUAAGCCCCAACUGGGAAAGAUUUUCUUCUUGGGGGCGAAUGUCUCUGUGUGUGCGUGUGGGGGGGUAUAUCUGUCUGUCUGUACGUGUGUGUGUGUGUGUGUGUGUGUAUGUGCGUGCACAUGUGUACCUGAUGUGGAGGCCUGUGAUGAUUUGUCUAUGCUCGGCCCAGGGAGUAGCACUAUUAGAAGGUGUGGCGCUGUUAGAGAAGGUGUGGCCUUGUUGGAGUCACUGUGGGUGUGGACUUUAAGACCCUCAUCCUAACUGCCUGCAAGCCAGUCUUCUCCUAACAGCCUUCAAAUGAAGAUGUAGAACUCUCAGCUCUUCCUGCACCAUGCCUGCCUGGAUGCUGCCAUGCUCCUGCCUUGAUGAUAAUGGACUGAGCCUCUGAACCUGUAAGGCAGCCCCAAUUAAAUGUCCUUAGAAGAGCUGCUUUGGUCAUGGUGUCUGCUCACAGCUGUGAAACUCUAAGACAAGGUCAGAGGUCAACCUCAGGUGUCAUUCUUCAGACACCAUCUUUGGUUGAGAUAUAGUGUCUCGCUUGCCUGGGAACUGGCCAGUUAGGCUAGUUUGUGUGGCCGGGGAAGGCCAGGUAUCUUCCUGUCUCUGCCUCCCCAGUGCUAAGACAAGUAGGGCCAGCAAGCAGGCUUUUGGUUUUUUGUUUGUUUGUUUGUUUAAUGUAGAGACACAAUUCAUGUCCUUGUGUUACUUUACUGACAGAGCCACCUGCCCAGCACCUCCUGGGAGUGAUUUCUAUCCUUUAAUGUUACUAACUGUAAAGCAUUUCCACAAUUAGUGAUCAAUGGGCGAGGGCCCAGACCAUUGUGCUCCUGGGUUCUAUAAGAAAGCAGGCUGAGCAAGCCAGGGGAAGCAAGCCAGUCAGCAGCUCCCUCCAUGGCCUCUGCCUCAGCUCCAGUCCAGGUUCCUGCCCUGCUUGAGUUCCUGCCUGACUUCCUUCGAUGAUGAACAGUGAAGUGGAAGUGGAAGCUAAUAAACCCUUUCCUCUCCAA